AUGUAUUCCAGGCAAAAGCAGUGGGAACGAGUGUUCCUCGGCAGAUUUGUUCUGGUGGAAUGGGUGUCCUGGUUCGGGCGUCAAUCCAUCCACUUACCGGUGUCCUACAGUACUCCAACCCAACUGACGAUCUUUAUAUUUUGUUUUGUGUACGAAGUGAUACUCUCAUUAGUUGCCCUUGACCAGAAGCAUGAUAUCCUCAUGAUCGCAUUAUGUGUGUGCAAUACCUGCAAUUUUGUGUUCUCUGUACUGGGAUAUAGGGAUCAAAGUGACCUCGUCGAGGCCGGUCAGGACAUCUGGCCCAGGGUAAGGCCUCCACUGAUAGCAAUAUCAGUAGUUGUGGGAGUCAGCACGUGUUUGAUGUGGAUAUCGGCAUUCCAGUUGCAUCGCGACUUUGCAUGGUCUAUAUACAGACGUGUAAAUGGUGAUGCUGCGAUGAAAACGCGUUAUCUCAACUACCAGAUAUAUAUGGUCUUUAUUGCGCUUGAUUUCCAAGUCUUUGUUGCCUUCGUACUUCAAUAUAAUAUAGUCGUCGUGCACUAUAGCGAACCUGAAUUUGGUCUGACGAUGGCCAUGCUUCCAGCUAGCCUACUGAUAUUGCUUCUCGCGGUAUAUUCCGCUCGUUCUGAGUCCAGGAUCCUCACAGGGAUAUCUAUUAUAGGUUACAUUGCAGGGCUUACCUAUGUCCUUGUGCAGCUGAUAGUACUUUGCACCGACGACUACCGUUCGAAGACAGACGGAAACGUCGAAAUGCUCCUUUGCGGAUUCAUCGCCAUGAUAUUGAUAUCCGCAAGCCUGAUUUUGGCGGUUAAGUGUAUGGUGAAUUUUGAUCGGGGAUUGAAAUCUGUGUUUCUGCAUGACCAGAUUUCUUGCGAUUUUCAUAUGGUACCAAGUCCGAGCCCAUAG